AUGUUGCUACUGAACCGCCGACCGAGUAACACGAGCAUGGCCUUGAUCGUAAUCGCCAUUAUUCUAGGCUUGUUGGGAUAUCACGGCCUAUUCUUUCCUAUCACGCCAAAAUUCAAUAUAUCUGCCCCUAGAUCGAGAGGGUCUGUACCAGCAAACAAAGGGGGCGCCGAAAGUCCCGUACCCAUCCCGCCGGAAUACGGGAUAGUAUCUGAGAGCGCGGAUGGGAAGCAUCACCGAGGGGCAUGUUUCGACACAGAUAGCGCAGAAUAUCUUCGUGGCCUCAGAAGCCAUGCUGUGGAGUAUUGUCCUUCAACGUCAGGGGCCAGUAUAACCUGUUUCCACGGCACGACGACUGGUCAAGGCCGCGACUCCUUCUGCAUUGCGCGGGAUGUAGUGCUCGACGAGGAAACCGGACGCUUUCGCUUGGACUGCGACAUCGGGUCCGCUGGUCAGAUGAAGCCGUCCGGAGGUAUUGCUUUCUUCGACGAGAGGCAGGGACAACUGGAAACGAGCGAUGUCUUCGACAAAUAUUUCCAAAUCGGCCGGAAGACGAAAGGGAUGCUUCCAUCGCCUUUGUCUAUCGACGAUAGCCAGGCAGAGCAGUCCAAUUACACGAUCUUGGUCAAGCGGGAGGACACGGCAAAUUUCUGGGGCAGCCUCAUGGAGAUCUUGUCCAUGAUGUUGAGCGUGGACAUACUGCGUAUGAGUAGCGACAGCCGCUUGGGAGACUCGAUCAUCGCAAUACCAGCAGACCUACCUAGGACACAAGUGAUCAUCCUAGAUGAUUUCCCAGAAGGACCCGUAUACGAUCUCUGGUCCUUCUUCGCCGGCUCAGCGCCAAUACGCUUUGAGGAUAUCCUAGAGGGCCAAGCCAGAGCAGACGCCCUCUUGUCCGCUCACACGGCGAUCGUCGCGCUCCCGGGCGGUAGCAACCCGCUGGCACAGAUCGGCGGGGACGACGUAUCGGACUGUCGCAACUCAGCCAUCGCGAAAACCUUUGCUAGGCGGGUGCUGCAGCAUUACCACGUGUCGUAUCGUGGAAAACACCUCUUCGGGUCCGUCAAAGUCGUCUUCGUGCAGACAGCCACGCACAAGGUUAAGGACAAUAUUCAUCUCAUCAAAGCGCUCCGCAGGGCCUUCCCCGCUCCUAAAGUCAUAGCUUAUGCGGCCAACUUUGCCGCAUUACCCAUGGCGGACCAGCUGACCAUAGUGCACUCGGCCGAUGUCCUCAUCGGGGCCCACGGUGCCGAACUGAGCCAUAUCAUGUUCAUGCGCGAGGGCCAUGGCGCGGUCGUGGAAAUCCAGCGGGCGGGGCUGACUCAAACACGAUAUAGAAAUUUGGCUGCUCUGCUAGGGCGGAAGUACUUCCUGGCUGAGGCCGAGGCUGUCCCCAUUGAUCAGGCGGGAAGCCGGAAAGCGAGUGUGGAGCAGGAUCAUGGAGGGGCCACACCCAAUGCAGUAGAGGUUGAGCUAGCUAGGCGUGAUGCGUGGGACAAGGUGGAACUCGUCAUCAGUGAAGAGGACUUCGUGGCUCAGGUUGGUCUGGCCAUCGAGGCAGUAGCGGGUGGUUCAUAG